AUGAUGACACCUAAAAGGGUGAAGAUGCUCCUGAUUCUGGCAGUUCUGUCCUUCCUUCUGAUCCACUUCUACUUCCUACCCUGCAGCAACAAUGCCUCCAUGGAAGAAAAACCUUCUCCAGUCCACAUCCUCAUUCUCUCCUCCUGGCGGUCAGGAUCUUCCUUCACUGGACAAAUCUUCAGCCAGCACCCCAGCGUCUUCUACCUGAUGGAGCCCGCAUGGCACGUGUGGGUUACAAUGUACCAGAACAGUGCCAAAGUCUUACACAUGGCAGUGCGGGACCUAGUCAGGUCGGUCUUUCUGUGUGACAUGUCUGUAUUUGAUGCUUACAUGUCUAGCCAGAAGAAAAAGUCUGAUUUAUUUCAGUGGGAAACAAGCCGAGCCUUGUGCUCCCCCCCUGCCUGUGACUUGUUCAGUCGCAGUGACAUAAUCACUGCAGGCAAUUGCAGAACAAUCUGUGGCAAGUAUCCAUUCAGCAAGGUGGAGGAAGCUUGUAAAACCUACAGCCAUGUUGCCAUCAAGGAGGUUCGGUUCUUUGACCUGAAAGUUCUUUACCCCCUUCUCACUGAUCCGUCCCUGAACCUCAAAAUCAUUCACUUGGUACGUGAUCCUCGGGCUGUGUUCAGGUCCCGAGAGAAUACCAUGGCAGACCUGAAACGUGAUAGUAACAUUGUUGUGGGGUCCCAGAGGACAAAGGGAGAAACGGAGCCCUACAACACAAUGCAAGUAAUCUGCAAAAGCCACGUUGAGAUUUACAAGGCAGGCAGGCAGGCCAUUCCCAGCUUCCUGAAAGACCGCUACCUUCUGGUUCGCUAUGAAGACAUUGUCAGAGACCCACUAGCAAGGGCUGCUCAGAUGUACAGGUUUGCAGAACUCCAUUUCACACCAGAACUUCAGAAGUGGUUGCACAACAUCACCCAUGGGAAGGGGCAAGGAGCACAGGCCUUCGAUAUUGGGUCCAGAGAUGCACUGAGAGUAUCCCAGGCCUGGAGGAAGACCCUUCCCUUCCAGAAAAUAGAAAAAGUGCAAAAUGUGUGCAAGGAUGCAAUGGACUUGCUGGGCUACCGGCUCAUUCAGUCUGAAGAAGAGCAAAAAAAUAUGUCGCUGGAUCUUUUGUUUGCCCAGAACUCCUCUGAGUAA